AUGUCGGAGCAGGGAUAUGGUUUGACUCUUUCUGCUGCACCCCCUCUCCGUAGAGGAAGCACCCCUCUUCCGAUAAAACAUCAACUAAGGCGGGAAGAAGCAGUAUCGGAAGACUAUGAUUGGACACCAGGACUUGAUGAGCCUGCACCUCCACCAGUCAGCAUCAGCGAUACUCAGGAAGGGUCUUCUGAUAAGGCCCCACAGCCGCAGGAGAAAUACCGUGGUCCCCUGAGGAUUGUUCUUCUCGGCCAGAACGGCGUGGGCAAAUCGUCUCUGGCGCUGUCCCUGGCAGGAUUAUCUGACAGAUCCCUCUCCGUAGACUCUGAAACCCAAGCAAGCGAUGAGGGUUAUCAGCGAAGGGUGACAGUGGAUGAUGAAGACAGCUCAAUUAUGGUGUACGACAACUGGAAACAGGACCUGUCGACUCUGCAGUGUGAGGUGUGCAUCCUGGUGUUCUCGCUGACUGACAGAAGGAGUUUCCAUCGCGUCGCUCAGCUUCGUCUUCUCCUGAGGGAAAGCCAGCCCGACGUUCCCAUCAUUCUUGUGGGCAAUAAGAGCGACCUGGUUCGCUCUCGUGAGAUCAGCACCGAGGAGGCCCACUCAACUGCAGUGAUGUUUGACUGUCUGUACUUGGAGCUCUCUGCCUCUCUGGACCACCGCACCUCAGAUUUGCUGGAUGCAGCUGUUAGGGCUGCUCGCGGCCACAGCUUGGGGCCUGGUUGGACAGAAGGAGCCCCCGGAGGAGGCCGCAGAGAGAGUCUAACCAGCAGGGCCAAACGUUUCCUCUCUGGGCUGGUACCACGCUCGCACGGGCGUGAAAGGGACAGAGACAGAACCCGAGAUCGAGACCACAGUCGAAACCGGGCCUGCAGGAUGCUCCGACAGAAAUCCCGCUCCUGUCAUGAUCUCAGCACACUGUAA